CUGUUACUGUGCGGCGCCAUUUUGGAUUGGGAGGCCUACAUGUGGUAAAGGGGGAAUUGGUUCGGGGAAGCGGCCGGGAAGGGACAAUGGAGAACUCCUAUGGCAUAGGAGUCACCAACAAGUAUUCCAUCUUUUUAGAAGAUGAGACGGAUCCGUUUGAAACAUUGGAAAAUGUGAAAAAAGAAAAAGAAGAGAAAAAGGCUAAGGUGCCCGGCAAGGAAAAUAAAAGUGCCAAAGCUUCUUCAGAGAAGGGCACCAAGAAGCCACCAGCAAAGGAAAAUGUCCCUAAAACAGAUCAACGCCAAGCGGCGUCAGGCGGCAGCGAGGCGGUGCGUGGCCGAGGCGGACCACGACGGGGCGGCUCCGGCCCGCCCGGCGAGAGCCGCGAGGAGCGCAACAACCGGCGCAACUGGGACGACAGCCGGGCCGACAACGCCAGCCAAUCAAGGGACGUGAAGAAAACUGGAAACAGGGAGGGCGGCCCGCCGCGGUUCGGCGACGGAGGAGAGCGGGGUCGUGGACGCGGUCGCGGCGGACCCGGAGGACGGGGCCGGGGUCGUGGCCGCGGAGGGUACCGCGAGUUCGACCGCCACUCGGGCAGCGACCGCAGCGGCGUGAGGGCGCACAAGCGCGACGGUUUCGGCCGCGGCAACUGGGGCACGGUGCAGGACGAGGUGGCUGCCACGCUGGAGGCGCCCGCCGAGCAGCCGGCCGACCCGGAGCCCACCUCCACCGGCUGGGGAGACGACCCGACCCCGGCCGCCGGCGCCGGCGCCGACUCGCAGACCGCGCCGGCCGACGCCGCGGCCGAGGAGCCCGCCGAGCCGGCCGAGCCGGAGGGCCCGCAGGAGCUGACGCUUGACGAGUGGAAGCGCCAGCAGGAGCCCCGCUCCAAGCCGCAGUUCCAGCUGCGCCGCGCCGGCGAGGGCGAGAACACUGCCCAGUGGAAGAACAUGUACGAGCUGAAAAAGAAACGCGGCGAGGACGAGGAGAGCGAUGAUGAGGAAGACGCUGAUGACGAGGAAGAGGAGGAAGAGGUCCGUCACGGACGACCCAAGCACUUCGUUAAGGACAUUGAGUUCACCUUCUCCGACGGCGGCCGGCGCGGCGGCGGACGGGGACGCGGGCGCGGCCGCGGUGGUUUCCGUGACGGCGAGGAGGGCGGAGGCUACCGUGGUGGCUACCGCGGAGGCCGCGGCGGUUUCCGUGACGGCGAGGAGGGCGGAGGCUACCGUGGCGGCUACCGCGGAGGGCGCGGCGGUUUCCGUGACGGCGAGGAGGGAGGAGGAAGCUACCGCGGCGGUUACCGCGGAGGGCGCGGCGGAUUCCGCGACGGCGACAACGAGGAGGGCGGCUACCGCGGAGGCCGUGGUGGCUACCGUGGAGGUCGCGGCGGCUACGGCGACAGCGAGGAGGGCGGCUACCGCGGCCGGGGCGGCUACCGCGGCGGCCGCGGAGGCUCCUGGGGCGGUCGUGGCCAGGAGUCGAGCGAUGACGGCGAGGAUCGCGGCUACCGUGGCUACGGCGGCUACCGCGGCGGCGGCGGCAGUGGCGGCUACCGCGGCCGCGGCCGUGCGGCCCCUCGGCAGCAACACGCUCCCAAAGUGGACGACGAGAACGACUUCCCGUCGCUGGGCUAGAGCCCUCGCUACGCCGCCGCCGUGAGCCGGCCGGCCGGGCCUCUGAAGCUGCAGGAGUUCUCCAUGGUCCCAACCUGGCACGUAGUCCGAACCGGCCCCCACCGGGCCCCGGUCCCAAUCGAAUAACGAGAGGAAGACGGAGUGAGUGAGAGACGGUGUGCCGAGCGAGUGAGCGCCAGCCGCGGUCGGUGUGAGUGUGAGUGAGAGUGUGAGUGAGAGUGUCGGUGAGCGUGUGAGAGCUGGGGUGCGAGCUGUGCGGGCGGCGCCGUCCCGCUGGGCCGCGUCGGCUCCGCGGGAUACGGGCCGCCCAGCACCGAUACACAUGAUGGUCUCAUUGUACGCGGAGGUGGGAACAGUUACAAAAAUCCACGGCAAUAACCGGUCCUCCCGCCGUCCCGCUCGCCAGUCUUCGCAAACAAACUGGAGCCAACGCAUUACCGGUAGGGCCCGGUAGAAGUUCCCGCCCCUGCCGCUCGUUACGGUAGGAUUCGGUAGAAGUUCCCGACCCUGUCGCUCGUUAGCUGCUGCUAGUCUGAAGGCCUUUUCUAGAGGGAUAGUUGUGUGCGGAGUCGGAGGACUGAUUUGCGACACGUUUUCGGGACUGAUGCCGCGCAUUUCUGUGACUGCUCCCAGGUCAGGGGUGGCAGGGAUUGCUCGCCGCUCGGGCGGAUUUUGAGCGUAUCGGGUCGCAUCAGGUCGCGUUUGUUGGCUGAGGCCGUGACGUUGUGAACUAACGUCUGCCAGUGGAGGCCAUUUUUCGUCUUUCUGUGCGUGGGACGUGCGGCGCGGGCCUGUCGCUCCACCACCACCACGACUUUGUCCCACGGCAGAGUGCGCCCGCUGGUCUGAUUGUGUUGGCGUGCCUGGCUCGGUCGGGGGCCGAGACCGAGUUUUGUAUGGUGGAACAUGCAGCGUACAAUACAGUUCCAAACGAUA